AACUGCUUUCCAUACUCCCACUACCAUGUUCCGUACUAUCGCGAAGACUGCUCUCUCUGCCUCUCGUCCUUCCGCCCCGCGCAUGCUCCAGCGGCCUGUGCUUGCCCGCGGGUAUCAUGAGAAGGUGAUCUCGCAUUAUGAACAGCCUAGAAAUGUGGGCUCCCUCCCUAAGAACGACGUCGACGUCGGCACCGGUCUCGUCGGCGCUCCUGCUUGCGGGGACGUCAUGAAGCUGCAAAUUCGUGUCGACGAGAACGGCAUCAUUUCCGACGUCAAGUUCAAGACCUUCGGAUGCGGCAGUGCUAUCGCCUCGAGCUCUUACCUCACGGAGCGCGUCCUAGGUCUCUCUUUGGAAGAAGCUGGCGCCAUCAAAAACACCGAGAUCGCAAAAGAACUCUGUCUUCCCCCCGUCAAACUUCACUGCUCGAUGCUGGCUGAAGAUGCCAUCCGCUCUGCCAUUCGUGACUACCGCUCUAAACGCAAUGGUCUGCCGGCCGCGUCACCCAAGGCUUCCUUCGUGCCAGCUGGUUCAGCCGAUGCGACAGCGAACGCCCCAGCCCCCGCUGUGUGAAGUUUCUUGCCAUGCCGCUCCCAGCUACUUCCAUCAAACCGACAUCUGCUUAGUAGUUUAC